CUUAGAUUAGAAACUUCUCCAACAAAGCCCACUCUCUCUUUCUCUCUUGACACAGAAUAUAAUAAAAGAGAUAUCCAUCUCUCUUCUCUGCUCUCUCUUCAGUUUCUCAUACUUUUCUCUUCUACUUCCAUUGAUGGAUUCAAUGUAUCGACCUCAGCGUCUCAACUCUGAAGAAGUGUGUAGCGUGAAGUGGGAUUUCAUCAAGAUGAGCGAACAAGAGGAAGACCUCAUCUUAAGAAUGUACAGACUCGUAGGCGAUAGGUGGGAGAUAAUAGCAGGAAGAGUACCGGGAAGAAAGGCUGUGGAGAUAGAGAGAUAUUGGAUCAUGAGAAACAGCACACACGUCUUACCUCCAUCUUCCAAAUCUUAACCUUCUUCGUGUGCCUCCCAUGUUUGUUUUAUUAAGUAUUUCAUUUUAGUUUCCUAAAAUCUAAAAAACUAGGUGAGAAAAUAAUGUGUGAGCCAAGUGCGAGCUUGCUGGUGGCUUUAGCCUUUACCUAAUCUCAUCAAACCGGAUUAAAUACCCGGAGUUUAAUAA